UAUGGUGAAGAAGUGCAGUGAAGAAGUGAUGGAGUGCCGCGCAGCUCUGUGAGCAGAGUGGUGCGCAGAAAAGCCCUGACGGAGGUCCCAUUGGCCACGUCAGGCAGAAGUUCCGACGGGUGGACCCGAUGUCCACGCCGUGAAAAGGAGCUAGAAGAGUGGUCCCAUUGGCCACACGGUGAAGUGCGUUGCUCUGUGAGCAGAGUGACGUGCGAGAAGCCCCGACGGACUGGUCCCAUUGGCCACGUCGGGCAGGUAGUUCCGACGGGUGGAUCUGAUAUCCACGCCGUGAGAAGGAACGAAGAGUGGUCCCAUUGGCCACGAAGAAGCCCUGCGUCUGUGUGGUGAGCCAACAGAGCAGCGUGCUGAAGAAACCGGCGGUAGCGGUCCCAUUGGCCACGCUACACAGAAAAAAAGUGAGCGCGAAGCGCAAAGACCCGAACAGAAAGUAACAAGAGUGACCUGCUGCAAGAGCAGCGAAAAGUGCAAGCAGUGCUGUGACGCAGACUGCAAAAUCCCGAGCAGAAGAGUGCUGGUGAGCCGGCAGCUCGAAGAAGUGAUCCAGUGUGCCCAGCUGGAAAGAAGAAGAAGAACCAGUGCAACAGGACGCUGCCGCUGUCGUGUCGUCCUGAGCGCGGCCACAGCGGAGCAACAGAUUCCUGCGCAAAUCCAAAACAUCAGAUCCCGACAAGAUGGAGCAGAAGUCAGCGCGUUCCUUGACCAUCAAGCGAAACUUCGUCAAGGGUAAGAUUUCGCGGGUCGUGGACAGGUUGAAGGCGUUCGAGGAGAACCACCAGCUGCCUUCGUUUGCCCAGAUCCAAGUCUUCGUGUGGAACGUCGAGAAGUACUACGGCGAGUUCAACAAGGUUUGCGACGAGUUUAAGGUAAGCGACGCUGACGCUGGUGAACGCUUCAACCACGACAUCGAGUGGGCUAGAGUGGUGAGUCUGGUUCAGGAGGCUAACCUGCGGAUUGUGGCCCUGAACAACGCACUGCUGUCUCAGCCCGUGCAUGCCGCUGUUCCUGAGCAACAACCGGUCUUGAAGGAAGAGGCCAACCGAACUACGCUUCCCACGACCGAGGCUCGUGGCGAAGUCGAUUCUUCCGGAGCCGGCGAUGUUCCGGAUGCUGCGAACGCCGAGAGAUGCCAUGCAGAUGAUCGAGAGCCGGGUGCACCUGACACCAAGGUAGGUGCCCAUUUUGAACUCUAUUCGAGUCCGCCCAUUGCGGACAGCGAGCGUAACGAGCCGAUGUGCACGUUGUGCAACGGUUGCCGCUCGGACAUCGACUGCUUCCCGGUCCGUGGAGAUCCGGUCGAGCAGUGUCCACCCCUCGAAGAGUCGAACCCCGACCUGAGCAGCCAGAAGAGGUUGCCCAGAGAGUCUCACGAGACUGAGACACACCCUGCAGCGCACGAUAUGCUGCCACCCGAGGAACCUGCAGUGGUUCCGCACGAGUCCUCGUCAGAUGACCGAGGUAGUGCCGAGACAAAACCCGGCCUGUGCAGCCCCCAGUGGUUGCCAGGAGAUUCUCGCGAGCCCGAGAAUCGACAAGAAGAGUCGUCCGAGGAACCGGCAGUGGUUCCGCAUGAGUCCUCGGCAGCAGAACGAGGUAGUGCCGUGUCGGACGACCCAGCAGCUGUCCCCAUGCCGGAGCCAGCUGAGCACGUCGACGUUGUGCCAGACGUCGACACGUGCCAAGCAGUGAAGGGGAGUUCACUGUUGCCAGCCGUACCUGACGAAGAAAACAACGAGGAAGGUGCACAAUGCGGAUGCACCGAGCCAGCAAGUUUGAGCGUCCAAGUGGAUUGGACCACGAACCAGAACGCGAUGAAGGCCAACAAGAACACCGACAUCAACGAAGACAAGCAGAAGAGUACGAGCCACGAGAGCGCUACGUACCGGUACAGCCAACGGACCGAGCUGUACUACAGGUGCUGCCGCGACCGCAUCGCACGGUCAGGAGCCAAACGUGUGGAUGAACCCGGAGGAGCUGUGGAGAAGUCGGCAGAGCCUGCAAUCUUUAGCAGCACCACGAAGAGACCCCGAUUGGUCUGGGACCCAGGCGUGGAGUUGAACGCAGCGCUUCGCUCCAACAGACGACGACCACCACCAUGCCAGCAAGUGCAAAGGAGUUGCUUGCUCGUCUGGACGCUAUGGACCUGGAACCGCCAGCGAUCGACGAAGUCUCCCAGUGAGAACCGGCACCAACCCAGCGUGUUGGUGAGUUCGAAGCCGUGA